AUGUCCACACGAGAGCACGCCGUGGCCAGAGGCACCAGUGAUAAGGCCAACCUCCGGCAGGACGCGUGCGGCCGCGGGAGCUGGUGGCUGGACACGUUAAAAGUAGGUGACACCCCGGUCCCGGGUCUGUACCCCGUCAGAGACUUCCUCCAGGAGACCGAGCUGAACCCGGUCCAGAGGACCUAUGGGUUUAAAAGUGUGGGGCGGGGUCCCUCAGCGGGGGGAGGGGGCAGUGGACACCUGCUUCUCCCUGGAGCCUACAGCUUCACCGACUCCACACAAGAAGCUCUGAAGCGGAACAGGACGUAUUCGUUCAAAAACUGCCCUCGACCGGAGAACGUCACUCUGGGAGUCAGAGACAAGGAGAGUUGUUCAUUCUAA